AUGCGGCUUAUAGCCCCUGACCUGCAACUCGUCGACCUUCCAACCAUCCAUGACGCCACUGCCCCUAUCGGGCCUGUCGAUAUGCAACUCAGGAAACUCCGUGGGCCGGCGGCGCAGCUGCUCGGUCAAGGCGGGGACGUGAUCGAGAUAGACAUGGGCGUCGCCCAUGGUGUGGAUAAGGGAUGCGGGGACGAGGUCGCAGGCGUGGGCGAGCAUGUGGGUGAGGAGGGCGUAGGAGGCGAUGUUGAAGGGCACGCCGAGACCCAUGUCGCAGGAGCGUUGGUACAGCAGGCAGGAGAGCUGGCCUUUUGCUUUUGUUUUCUUCUUCCCUUCUUCCGCGUUCGUGGUGGUCGCCUUGUCAGCAGACGACGACAGCGCAUCCACGCCACGCGCCGCAUCGGGAUACGAGACGUAGAACUGCGCGAACACGUGGCAGGGCGGCAGCGCCAUGGCGGGCAGGUCUUUCACGUUCCACGCGCUGAGCAGGAUGCGCCGGUCGAAGGGGCUGUCCCUCAGUUUGCGCACGAUCUCGCGGAUCUGAUCGACGCCCUUGCCGCGGUAGUCGGCGUGGCAGUCGGUGUACUCGGCGCCGAAGUGGCGCCAUUGGAAGCCGUACACCGGUCCCAGGUCGCCUUCUUCGCGCGACUGGAAGCCGAGUGCGUCCAGUUGAAAGACGAGCUCGAAGGGCAAGGAAAACCUCCUGUCAGUAUCCCUACUAUGAAGCUGAAGCUGCGCGAUGACUCGAUGAGGGGGAACGCGCGACGCGAGUUGGAGAUCAAAGCUCAACUAUACUCCAUUGAUCUUAGCCUAUCCGGUCACGGAUUUUCCCAUAAUCUUUGCUUGGCGAUGACGUGUAGAACUGCCAGUGGACGUGAACUUCAUAACUCGGAAGGAUGA